CAAAAGAAAACCUCUCCUUUUUCUCUUCGAUGUUAAGCGAUUCACACUUGCUGUUCACACUAUACCCCCCCACCUACAUAUAUAUUCUCCCUUCCUUUUUCUCUCUCAUCUUUUUGUCCCCCUCUCUCCUCAUCAAAACACCCCAAAAUCUUCUUCUAUAUCAUUUAGAACCUCUUCUACAAUCUUCUCUUCAUUCCGGACAUUGAAGAAGGAUACUGGAUUCAAGUCCCAUCACGUUCGCUUUGGUUUUCAUUUUCUUCUAUAAUGGAGGGUCAUCAACUCCAUCACCAACACCAUCGACGAAAUCAGCAUCAGAAUCUGAAUCAGCAUCAACAUCAGCAGCAGCAGCAGCAACAACAACAACACGCUCAUAACAUAAUCGCUAGUGCUAGUGUAAGCGCGGAUGUAACGGAUAGGUUCCCUCAAUGGAGUAUUCAAGAGACAAAGGAGUUCCUCGUGAUCCGUGCAGAGCUGGAUCAGACUUUCAUGGAGACAAAGAGGAACAAGCAGCUUUGGGAAGUCAUCUCCAACCAGAUGAAGGAAAAGGGUUACCAUAGAAGUGCAGAGCAGUGCAAGUGCAAGUGGAAAAACCUCGUUACCCGCUAUAAGGGAUGUGAAACGAUGGAGCCUGAAGCCUCAAGGCAGCAAUUUCCAUUUUACAAUGAUCUUCAAGCGAUUUUCACGGUGAGGAUGCAGAGAAUGUUGUGGGCUGAAGCAGAAGGAGGGUCCAAGAAGAAGGGGGUGCACCUCUCUUCCGAGGAUGAUGAUGAUGGCAAUGAAGAGAGUGAGGGAGAUCACAACAAGGCUGGUAACAGCAGAAAGAAGAAAAAGAGUAAGGUCGCGGGCGGAGGAAGCGGUGGUGGUAGUAGCAACUUGAAGGAGAUUCUAGAGGAGUUCAUGAGGCAACAAAUGCAAAUGGAAGCUCAGUGGAUGGAGGCUUAUGAAGCAAGGGAGAGUGAGAGAAGGUUGAGGGAGAUGGAGUGGAGGCAAGCCAUGGAAGCAUUGGAGAAUGAGAGGGUAAUGAUGGAUCAGAGAUGGAGAGAGAGGGAAGAGCAAAGAAGGAUCAGAGAGGAAGCUAGGGCUGAGAAUAGAGAUGCUCUAAUCACAGCUUUGCUCAACAAGCUAAGAAGAGAAGAUAUGUAGGAAUUUCUUGGUUAGCUAGCUUUUAUGUUGUUUCUUCUCCUGAUGAAGCAAAGCCCAGUUUGAGAGGUUUGUUCUAAGAACUCUCUAAUUAUGUAGAGAUUAAAUAGCUUGAUAGAUAUUGUGGUUAUUGCCAUGUUGUUAUGAUAUCUCUCUUCUUUAGUUUUACCAACUAAGGCUUUCUUUGAUUUAGCAAAAAAAUACAGGUUCUUUACAUUCUUUGAUUAUAAAAACUUAUCCACUCAUUAGUUUUUUUUUAAUGGUCAAAUUUUACCUCCAACUUAUGAACAGUUCUUAUUAUUUAAACUAUUGAUAUUUAGUGUAUAUUAUUUACGAUAUGCUUAUUUUAAGC